GUUGGUCUUUGCUGAUUUUGCUUUAAAUUGCUGGCCAUUACAUCUGCAAAGCAGUGGGGGGACUUUCAAGGCCAAUUAAAAGAAUACAUUCCAUGAGAGCCCUUUCAUGUUGGUCAAAAUUUACAGGAAGAGCGAAUGCAUCUGGCAUUGCUUUGCUACGUUUCUGGUUAAAUUAGAGCUGACAAGAUGACAGUCUGUUUUCAAGUUGUGAAGAUUCUCCUGGUGUCGAGCUACCUCGCGAGAGGUUUGACGGUGGGCUGGGCCUACGUUGCAGAACGAGACAAUAAAAAGGGAGCCCAAUGGGCUUUUUUCUGGUGAUGCGUUUCAUUGUCAUACGUUGUCAUAUUCGGGUAGACAAUGGAAAGGUGCUAGCUUUUGCCGCAAACCGACGGACAUGCCGUGCGCGACCACAUUGUCCUCCUGUCCAAGGCCAAGCACUCGUCCUUCCCUUGCGAAAUUCCCUCUCCUUCAUCACCCGGCUCUUCCCCUCUCUUCUCCAUCCAGCUCUCCCCCCAGGAGGAGGAGCAAUUCAUGGGGUUGGACGUGGACUUGGAGAUGGGUCUCUCGAUUUCUUUCCCUUUACUUGUCCCUCCUCACCUCUGUUUCUGUUUCAGAGGCACGUGAUUAUCGUUCCCCUCCUUCCUUCACUCACGUCUGUGAGGAUAUCGACACUUAUUACGCCCAGCUCCGGAAUUCCAAAGGCCAGGCUCUUCCGAAAAAGCUUCAUUCCCUCAUCUAUACUCAUCGCUCCUUGUCCUACAAGCAGGUGUGGGAUGUCCUCAAGAUCCUUGAUGCUGCUGAUGUCGAUAACCCUGAAGCUUCGCCCGGGGUGGGAGCACUUAUGGCCUCGUUCUUAUGGGUUAGUUGAUCGUGUGUCACUGAGCGAUUUACACAACCUUCGCCCAUCUGAUAUAAAUGUUAAUUCAUCCAGAGGAAACAAGUAUUAUGGAGAAUGUGCUUUUACCUCAGCCAAAUGUCUGAGACCAGCGAAUAAGGAAGCUGCAAUUGACACGGAAUCAGAUAGCAAGAGUUGGGCUCCACCUAGGCAGGUUAGAGGGGAUAUUGCACGGGCAUUAAUGUAUAUGGCUGUCUGCUAUGGGUAUCAUCAACCAGAGAAAAAGGAGAUGGGACUGCUUUCUACACUGCUGAGAUGGAAUAAACUCGAUCCACCUUCAAGGGAAGAGAAGCUGAGAAAUGACCGGAUAUGCAAGUUUUAUCAGCAUAAUAGAAAUCCUUUUGUUGAUCAUCCAGAGUAUGCUGAUCUGAUAUGGAAGCUAAAAUAGUUAAGGCGAUUCAAUCUUGUAAUCAUAAUAAAAAAUUAUGGUUAAUCCAUGUUAGACGAACAGACAAACAAUAUGAUUGUACUGCAAGGCGGCAUUUCUAUGUGUGCUGCCUGGCGUUUCAUUUGUCGUCGCACCAAAAGGCCCUCAGACUUGCAUUCUGUCACAUUGCUGCCAGUACUUCCAAGUUGGCUGGGAGCAGUCCUACUUAUUUAGCUGCUUCUCAUGUUUUGGAGUUGGAUUUUGUUGAGAGGAAGAUGGUGCGCUGCGAAGGGUUGUGGCGUUCUGUUUCUUUCGUUUUCUUAAUCAAAGUAUAUCUUGAUAAAGAAAAAAGUGGUUUGCGUGGUUUAAACGAUCCGACUUCUGAGUUGGAAAUCUGGCGAAAUUCAAAGUGCUUUUCCAAGCUGUUGUAA